AUGGAUGCAGUAGAAGACAAGGAUGUUAAGCUCCAGCGUGCUUCCGGCGAUUUGGUCAAAGAGUUUUCAGAGAAACUUCCUUCUUUACUCUGGAAGCCACGAACGGAGAAUGGAAAUACCCGAGUCCCACGACGAUGGACACAGGCUGCUAAGACCGAGAAACUCGUAGGACUUCUGGAGCCCUUUCAAGAAUGGCCUCAGCUGUUGGAUCCACAUUUCCAAACACUUCUGCCACCUUUAGUUGAUGCUUUCCUAGCAUAUCUGCUCAAGCAUCGUGACCAAUAUAAGACAGAUAAAUCGCAGCAGAAGCAGGCACUUUAUCCCUUGCCAAGGGCGAUCUGUAGGCUACUCUACACUUUUUGCAAGGUCCGUGGGGUCAAGGUUAUUAGCAGGUUUUUAAACAAUGAACCGAAGUACCUUGACCCGUUACUUCGCGCAUUUAUCGAAUGGGAUACGGUGUGUCGAAAUGAUUUCGAAGUGGUUUCGUUAGGGGACAUUCCCCGACGAGUUGUUUGGGAAGAACGCUAUGUGAUGCUGAUUUGGCUCUCACAUUUGUUACUCGCCCCUUUCGACCUAGCAUCUAUGUCAUCGGACGAUAUCCCCGUUCCAUAUGAAAAUUUAGGCCAAAUUGCGCCCCUGCCAGCUGAGGUACCGACCGUGGCCAGAUCUCUUCUCUCAGUAUCGUUGAACUAUGUCAAUGCCUCUGGCAAAGAGCGAGAGGCUGCUACUGUGGCACUCGGACUGCUUGCCAAUAUAACAGACUGGGCUUUCUCUAUUGUACAACCCACAGGAGAUCAUGGAUCACCGUCUGUCUACACUUGCAUCGGUGUCCUUUCUUUCCUUGCACGAAUGGGCGCUUCAGGUCAGGUUGAGGACUUUGCUCCUUUGAUCGUGCCUGUGUUCGAGAAGAUACUACGGACUGCUCAAGGGGACUCUGAAAUCUUCCAUAUCAUUCAAUCUUCAGCUCUGGCACGUAAAACGAGCAUAAAAAUCAUCCGUACCAUGGCAAUCAUGGCUUUGUUGCUCAGCGAAAGAGCGGAUAAUCCGCUCUCAGAUGAUAAGGUAUCUUCCAUUUUGGAAGAUGCGAUUGACCACUUUCUGGUGGCACUUGCUGACAAGGAUACGCCCGUACGUUUUGCCGCGAGCAAAGCACUUAGUAUUAUCACUCUGAAGCUCAACCCAGAUAUGGGUACCGAGGUUAUCGAGGCUGUUACCGGCUCAUUGGAGGAGAAUAUCCUUUAUGAAAACAGUGAGGGUACCAUUGUGACACCGCUUGAGGCACGCGGGAUUGGGCUGAGCAAUACGAAACGUAAUCUGAGCGCGGUUGAUGCUCCGAAGUGGCAAGGUCUCAUACUAACAUUAGGUCAUCUGCUAUUUCGUCGUGCUCCACCGACUAAUCAACUACUCAAUGUACUCCAACCACUCGUUUCCGGGCUAGAUUUUGAGCAAAGGUCCUCGACUGGAAGCUCUGUAGGUACGGGAGUACGUGAUGCUUCCUGUUUUGGCAUAUGGGCUCUAUCCCGGAAGUACACAACUCAGGAACUGCUAGCAUUGGAUGCACAUGCAAUCAGCACAUCUACCGGUCAAAAAGAAUCAAGCAUAUUGCAGAUGCUGGCUACCGAGUUGAUAUGUGCCGCUUGUGUAGAUCCUUCUGGAAAUAUUCGGAGGGGUGCUUCUGCUGCUUUGCAGGAGUUAAUCGGUCGUCAUCCUAACACAAUUGCCGAAGGUAUACCGUUGGUACAAGUUGUGGACUAUCACGCCGUGGCACGCCGUUCAAGAGCGAUGAUCGAUGUUACAAAGGCUAUUGCGACAUUAAGUCACCAGUACUGGAGACCGCUUUUGGAAUCGUUAAUGCACUGGAGAGGGAUCGGCUCGCCAGACGCUGAGUCGAGAAGAGAGGCAGCAAAGGCGAUAGGGGUCUUGAGCACACAGGGCUCCUACAAGAGUAUGAAGAUUGUGCUUCGGCGGUUGCUUAAAAAACUCUCCAGUCUCCCUCACGGUGACGUCGAGACGAGACAUGGGUGUUUCUUGGCUCUCUCAGCCACAAUUGAUGCGUUCAAUUCCUACCAUGAUACACCAGCUGAUAACAGUGACCCCUCUGAAGCAUUGGAGGUUACUACGCAGAUACAACAACUCUGGGAUAUCUUCAAUUCCCCGCUUGGUCCCGCAAAAGAGGACUUAACUCUCCAAGUUCGACGCCCGGAAUUGACUGCUGAAGCGUCAUCAUGUCUUAUAUAUUCACUCUCUCGAUCGACUUCUCUGAUAAAAAGCUCUCAAGGUUUCCAGCCAUCGGAUUCUUUCUUUGAUAAAGCUUGCGAAACCCUACUCCUAUGCAUUUCUCGAAGCGAAGACACAGUUAUAGAAGCUUCCUCGAGGGCCAUAUCAGAGUUGUUUCCCCUUCUACCGCCGCCGAAACAAGAAGAAACGAUUAAUGGCUGGUUUUCCUACAUCCACUCUACUUGGAAGUUACCAACUGGUCGCGGUCAGAUCUCAGUUCUUGGUGCUAUAUUCAAGCAAAUUGGACCUGAAGAUGACAUUAGGCAGUCAAUUAUAAAAGAAUUGCUCCAAUGUGCAGGAAGAGAAGAAUUGAUAGAGAAACGAGUGGUAGCUGUCAAAAGCCUAGCUACUGGUGUCCUACCGCAUAUAGAUGUAACGGAUGUUAUCCUAGACCAUCUCGUCGAGUUUUUGAAUGAUUAUACGACAGAUAGACGUGGUGAUAUCGGGUCAUUGAUAAGACUGGAGGCAAUUCAGGCUGCCAGGAUAGUUCUUCAGAAAGAAUCUAACCUUGCAACUCGCACAUCCCGAGUCCAGGACAUCAUCGGCUGCUUAUGUCGACUUGCAGCAGAGAAGUUAGACAAAGUCCGCCUUCAAGCUUGGCUUGGCUUGCAAAGCUUCUGGGAGUCAGCCGAAGGUUUUCCACCGUUACAGAGGCAAUAUGAGCAUUUCAGCCACGUAUCCUUGCCUGACUAUUUCCUUCAGCUACUUGACCUGCAAGCUAUUAACUGGCUGCGGCUGCCAUUAUUCCAGGGUUUGGCAACCUCUGCAGUGACUGGAGCUGAGGGUCUCGUUCGCUCGACCCGUUCGGCUCUGGUGCAGAGUAUCAAUAAGUAUGAGGUUGGGCAGCGGCAAAAUAUAGUGACCUCCAUUAUUAAAGACCUCAUGGUUGUACUGAGCGAUAACUUGCAAGAAGAUCGCUAUGCUAUCCCAAUGCUGGAUGUUUUAGCCUUCUUAUUAGACGGUUAUAUUAGUCCUAUACCCUCAUCUUCGGAGCCAAGCUACAGGAAAUUGUUUGUCCUCGUUCAAAAGGCGCAUUUCAAAUCUUCCAACAUAGCCAGACUGGAAGCCGCAAUCAAAGUGUAUGCACCAUUGUCACGGCUAGAGUCGUUACGAGCAGAAGUGUUGAAGAAAAUGACUACAAUGCUUCUGCAUCCUUUCCCAAGGGUUCGGAAUGCUGUUGCAGAAUAUUUGUUUAUGGAGACAACACUGAACUCGGUGAAGUCAGAAGAUUGGGCGAAACAGCCCAAGGAACUGAAGGGUCAGGUUGAGAAUGUGAGGAAGCUCCCAACCCAGGUCCGGAACCUCGAAGAACGAGUCAAAGUCGACCAGCUGAAAGAGGCACUCGAGGAACUUUUCUCGGAGUAUGGCACCAUUCUCGAGAUUGUCGCCAAGACCAAUCUGAAGGCCAAGGGCCAGGCGUUUAUCGUUUUCGAUAGUGUCGAGUCCGCCACGAACGCCAUUGAGGAGAUUAAUGGGUUCGAACUCUUUGAUAAGCCUAUGGUACUGGAUUAUGCGAAGACGAGGAGCGAUGCGACUGUUUUGAAGGAGGGUGGUGAAGAUGAGCUAGAGGUUCAUAAGAGAAGGAGGUUGGCUGAGAAGGAGCGCAAACAAGCCCACGAAGCCCUCGAAGCACAAAAGAAGCUCAAGCGUCCCUCCGGCGCCCCCGACUCCACGCGUCCGGCCAAAACAGCCAAGGGGGCUGGUCUCAAGCCUACCAGCGGUGCCGCUGCAGCGGUUAUCCCCGACGAAUAUCUUCCUCCCAACAAGAUUCUGUUCUUGCGGGACCUCCCCGACACGGCGGACCAGGAAAGUCUUACGGCCGUAUUCGGUCGUUUCGAAGGCUUCCAGGAAGUCAGAUUGGUGCCGGGCAGAAAGGGAAUUGCGUUCGUCGAAUACGAGAACGAGUCUGGUGCUAUCAGUGCGAAGGAGGCUACCUCGGGCAUACCUAUGGGAGACGGUGGCAAGCCUAUCCGGGUUACGUACCAGAGACAAUGA